GAGGGCGCUGAAAAUCCAACAACAUGGCCGUCUAACACCGACACCCCGUGCAAGUGUUCGCGAAGCUGACCAGCCGGAUUUCGAAGAACCGAGGAAAUAUCCGCGACGAGGUCCACGGACACGCUUGAUCAACGAGCCGAGAGAGCCGAAGCUAAUCAAACUGGCGCCGUUCAAGUUCCCGUUCUCGAAAAUGUCCAAGUCGCGCAGCAGCGACGAGAAGGACCGCGAGAAGGAGAAGGAGAAGGAGGUGGACAGCGAGACGGAGAAGGAGGCCGAGGAGAACGACGCGGACAGCGAAAAAGAGGCGGCGAAAGACAUCAACAAAGAGAGGAACAGGCACGAGAGAUACGACCCGGAGGACAACGCGAAGGGGGCGAACGUUCAACUAUCCGUGAACCAAUUGCAAUUGGCCACCGAGCUGGAAUCCAAUUUAAAGUCGCCGGCGUUUGAUUCGAACAGCCUGAUGGUGAGGAAUGAACCGGCCAUUCCGAGUUUCCCGCCCCCGUCGUACGAGCACGUUAUCGAACAGACGCGAUUGGAGCACGCGGCCGAGGCGCAGAAGCACGAGACCGACAAAAACAAUGGGAACGAGGCGACGGAGGAGGACGGCAAGACGAAGGGGCCAAAGAUCCUGCACAAGUCGAGCAAGGAAUUCUACAGGGCGGUGGCGAAGCAGUGGGGAAUCACUUGCAAGAUGAGCGACCAUUGCAGAUGCUUGGAUUGCCAGAGUCGUUACUUCGACUGCGAGUACGACAAGAACGAGCACCAGAAGACUGACGGUGGCCUCAGCGCCGGGACGCCGAUGUUCAUCUCCGGGGUGAUGCAGAGCUCCGGCUGCGUCCUCUUCUAAAACGCCAGAAGCGAGGCUUGACACGGCAUUUAGGGGAUGAUUUCCGUGGCGUGCCGGGUGCUUCCGCAAGGGACGAGACGUUCACGUGAUCGCGCACAAACCGGGCCGACUGUUUCCUAACGGACCAGAGAGAAAGCACAAGACGAACGCCAGGACCUUUCUACCAUAGUCCUGACUCUUUCGAGUGGGAACGUUACGGCUAGCUGGAUUUUCCUUAACGAUCAUCAUCUAAGGUCGACUGAUUGUACGGAGAACAUUGAUAGAGAUGACCUUCGUGAGUUUUUCUUCGGGGACUCGUUCACGAACUUGAAGAACGAUUCAUAAUCCUUGAUUCGUCUGAGAAAUGUUCGAGAUAUAUUUUUGAAUAGAUUUUUUGAAAACGAACGAUAUAGCGAUGCAUUUUGUUCGAAUGCCUUUCUUGACAAGAACUUGAUCCUUAAUAUAGACGUUCGAUGAUCGUUCGUGGAAGAUCGACAAGUCAAUGUUUAAUAAUUACUCGUAUACCGCGGAAGAUUAUUAUCAUCGGAUUCAUUAUUUUCAAACGAUUCGUUCGUAAGAUGUUACGUUUAUUCCGUUGAUCUAGGAUCUCGAUGAUAUCGAAUAUUAAUGUAUUUAUCUUCUUUGUCGAUUGACGAGUGAAUCAAUGGAACUUGGACAAGGACUCCUAAGUGCUUAAGGGUUACGAGAAUACUAUUUUUGAGACAUGCGAACGGGAAAUUUGUAAAAUCGAACGGUUACCGAGGAACGGAAUCGCGUACGUCGAAGUAGACCCAGAGCAAAAAUGCACGAAGAAAUUCGCGUGAAUGAGGAUCGCACGAGCGUCGAGAUCAACGCGAGCGAACGCGAGUCUCCGUUUUCAGCCGUAACAGCCAGGAGCACUCCGAUAACGGAUAAACAACGCGCGACGGUGUUCGCGAAGGUUUACCGUUAACGACAGCUCGUUAACUUAUAUUUUCAAUAAUCCAUUGUACGCGUCGGGACAGCAAACGCGGACGCGGAGGCCGACGAUUUCAACUUGUCAAUUGUAAUCAUCAUACGAUGCACGUUUACAGAAUGAUCGAGGAAGAACGGAUUGGCAGACUGGGAACCGAUUUCCAUAGAUCACAGACCAGACCUGUUCGAACGGUUGAGAUUGUACAAAAUAUUCGUUGCCCCAUCGACAUAGUGAGCAUCUGACCAAACUUCUCGACGGUGUUAGCCGUCGAUUGUCAACUGAACCACGUUCUUCGUGGACGAUAUAGUUUCCCUGGGAAAUCGCGAUAACCGAUGAAACGAAUCAACUGUUUGAGAGCUUGAUUGUCCUUUUUUCAUUUCGACUGAUUAGCAAGAUAUUCCGACUGACGAGUGAACUCGACAGAUUUGUUUUUUCAUCCGAGAUUCGUCGAUUCUUGGAACUGUUUUAACGAGAUUCGUUCAAUGGUUCGUUUAUUGGAAUGGCGAGGAAUUAUGAUUGCAGUCGUUCAUCUGAACCAGGGACGUGGAAGACUAGCAUAAAUGUUAGAGAUGUAAAACUGUAUAAAUAAUCGGCAUAUUCGUCUCGAAAUUUCCCUACUCUUGUAGAUCACUGUUUUCUGACUCGAGGGAUCGAUUCCCAUUGAACUUUCUACGUCGAGGAAUGGAACAGUUUCGCUCGAUGGCUCUUCUGACUCGAAGAUGGCCAACGAUGUAUCGACACUGCUGUAACGCGCGACAUCCUUCGUGAAUUAAGUUCCAAACGAGUAGAAAAUAUUCCUUUCCCAUUUGCAGUCGAUGUGUAUUUGGAAUGCGUUUCGACAUGGAUUCUUUGACAACGACGAAAUGGCCUAUUAAAUCACUUCUGCUGCGACUGUAAUGAUUCAUCUGGAAGAGACGUUCCCUUUUGGAUAUUUUUAAGGUAGAUUCUGUCUGUCUACGUUGCGUCGAAUAACGAUAAGCUCAAAAAUGAUAUUACCGAUACAUAAUGUUACGAUAAGCUCCGAAUAACUAUAUUCUGAAGAAACAUAUUGAAAUCAAAUAAUUCUAAAUAGUUCACGAGGCUAACGUUCAUAAUUUCCCACGGAUAUCUCGAUAAUUUAGCGCAGAAUUGUCUCCAUUGCAAAAUACAUAUUCCACCUCUACGAUUUUUCGAAUUAUACGUAUACAUUAAUCAUUAACAUUCUAUUCUAACGCAUCAAGACACAAAUAUUGUUAGCAAUUCAUAGACUGCCCGAACAGUUCAUUAUCGCGAAAAAUGGACGAACUGUGCUUCAAGCAGAUCUUAACGAUUUAUUCGUGAUUACCAAACAAACGAGUAACUUCGAAUAGUAAAUGAUCUAACUAUUUCCGAGUUCUCAAAGGAAUUUUUACGAAAUACUCUUAGACUAAAUACUCUAACCAACAUUAACGAUCACCGAUAAUCGAUAUUAUCAACAACACUAAUUUUCAACGAAUCCAAGUAGAUUCACGAAAUAUUCUUUCCGUCUACCUCGAGAGCUCGGAAAAUAGUUGGGCCAUUCUUGUUUCGAAUCGCUCGUGUCACGAUUGCAUUGAAACGAGACAUGCUCGGAGAUAUAUUUUAAUUAAAAGAAGUUGCUCUAGUAACGCACAAUUCUAUCCAGCGUCAGGUAUCACUGGAACGACCAGAGGAAUCUAGAAAGUGUAUACCCGACGGAUCGAUAUAAUAGGAUCGCAUUCCUCGAGGUAGAAACUCAAGAUCGAUCGAUCGGCCGGCCCCUAUGAUUUCGCUGCGCGGCCGAAGCACGUAGGUAGAUCUCUGUAAUUAACGAUUGUAAACUACUGAUUUCCGGCGGAACGCGGUCCGGGGAAAUCGAAACUCGAAACACAUGAAAGUAUUAUAGAUCGAGCGUCGAGUACGCGUAUACUCAAUCGACUCGCGUUUAGCGACACUGCGGCGUGCUUGUUUGCGAACCACGCUCGUGUUUACGAGACGGCCGUGAAUAAUUCCGACUUCCGGCAUCACCGAAACGAUCACACCGAGCGGACAGUCUCGUUUUUCUCACACCGAAUCGAUCUCGUCGACGCUUCGCUGACCCUUUCAAGAGAUUUCACGCUUUCACUUUCGACCCAGCCGCGACCAGCGAUUCGUGAAUUUAACCCUUUGCACUCGAGAGGUGACUCUCGGUCACCGCUUGAAUUGAUUUGCAAAAUUGUAAAGUCUUAUACAUAAUAUUAAGCUUUGUACGAUGCAUCGAUAUAUGGAAUAUUGAAAUAAAAUAACUUUCCUUCUUAAUUUAUAUGUGCUUCCUCGUUAAUUAGUUUCAAAGGAUAUCGUCCGUAUCUCGGAGAAUAUUGAACAUUUCUAGUGAAAAACUUUCGAGUGCAAAGGGUCAACCGUUUGAGUGCUGAGGAGCGCCGUAGCGCUCUUGUGUUGUGCCAAAAUUGCGGAGAGCGCUGUUUAUCAGUAUCAAUUAUAAUUUUCUUACUAUGUUUUUCGAGAGAUAAAUCGAAGUAAAUUUAUUUGAAUGAAUGCUAUUUUUUUGUAAUAACACAAUAUUUGUGAUCUCGUUAGAUAAAUACUUGUAUUCAUUUUUUUUGUAUACACACCCAAUCUGUUCCGCAUUUUUGGUAAAUUAUCCACAAAAGUUGUUUAGCAUCCAAGCGGUUAAUGAAUAGGUGCGUGCGAUCUGUUUUGAAUGAUUAACACGUUGAAUGCCACGCGAUUUCGCGGAGCGAAACAUAGAGAAGGGAAGAAAUAUUAAAUCAUUUGAUUGAAUUGGAUUGUAGUUUAGAAUUGUCUCGAAAUAAUCAUCGUUUCGUUGAAUCAACUAUAGUAAUUCGAUAUGGGGUCGCACGUGACCCAUAGCAUUCAGCGUGUUAAAGAUUAAUGGUUGAAUUAUUAAAAUUGAAUUUAUUUUAGUCAUUGAUAAUACAUUAGAUUGUUAAGAAUUUCAGUUAUUUCAAUGAUUCAAAUGAAUCAUCGAAAUUUUAAUGAUUCAACGUGAACAAAUUUUGUUUAUUGCGAAUGGAUACGUAGUUCAAUAAUGAUUUUCCUAUGUGAUUUUCGGACUCGAAGGUAGAUCGUAGCAGGGUUAAGAAACUGGAACACUAGCACUCGAAUAUAAUUGCAGUAGGACCUCGGUUAACCGAGUCACUGUUUUACUGCUGUACCUAUUGUCCAGAUUUUUCGAAACUAUCUUCUUUUCAUCGAUACUAACGAUAAGACACCUUGGAAUGUAUGAUUCUAUACGUGAACAGUGUAUCUGUCAUACUUUUAACACUAGAACUACCAAGCACCGAAAUUGACUUUCUGAAAUUCCUCUAUAGAAACUACAAGAGUGCAUCUAUUGAAACUUCAAUUGAUUUACAAUUCAGUUUGCGUAUUGCCAAAUCAAUUUCUUUAAUAACUUCUUAAUGAAGAAUCUAUUAUGUUAUUAAUAAUCGUAAAAAGGAGAAAUCAGUGGGUCAGUUUGACUCGUUCGGUAGUUUCAGUGUUAAACGGAUCGUACCAUUAAGGUAAUCUAUCUUGAAAGGGUUGAACAAUAGAGGAAACGACUAACGAUGCAAUUGAUACUUUCAAGAUGCUUUUAAAAUCGCUGCUUCGAGGAGGCGGUCUCCCGAACGAACGCGUUCGAAGUGAGCGCACACUUCGUUCCCAAGAGAUCCCGCGAUUCGCGCUCGUCGCGACAUCGAGCGAACGAGACGUUAGAUAGAGGGAAACACACACAAGUGAAAUUCUCGACGAAUUACAUGCGACUCGAUUGUCUGUGCACGAUGUGGCUCGGAUCAGUGCAACGAAGAUUAAAAUGUAUCUUCUCCCUUUCUUUCGAGGAUCAAAAGAUGUUCGAUCGAAUUCUUAAGAAUAUUUUUCACAGAAAAGCGACCUUAACGAAUAUUUUACACUUUCGUUGAGUAACACGUUCCUCGAUGCGUUUUAUAUAUUCAACGAUUCGUUGUUAUUAAGGAAAUAAUCUUUGCAACAUGAAAUUCUCUGCACUCAUCCGGAUCGAAAUGUAUCUCGGACGUCGGUCACUUAAAUGCGAAACAUAAUACAGUACCUGCCUAUACUUGUCUUUUCAAGAUACUGUUCUUUUGUACCUCGCGCCGAAAAGAAGACGACAGAAUCACGAACAAUAUAUUAUUUCGCGUGUGUAUAAAAUAGUCAGAAACCUGUGGACGACCCUCGACGCUCCCCCACCAUUGCCAAAUAUCAGUUUUUCUAUCGGUGAGAAGAGCAUCCGUUUUUUACGUGAGAUGCGAGUUCUCGUCGGUGCGGCGAGUUGUUCUCGUCACUUAAUCGUUAUUAAUCUUAUUAUAAUUCUAUCGAUUCAACGUCACAAUUGCAUCAAUUGCAAAGAGUAUACGAUCAUGUAAGCAUCGAACGUCAACGCCACAUUAGACUUCCACAAAUUAUUUCUCAGCCGAAACUUCCACAAAGAUUCAUUUCGAGGUGAUUGCUCAAUUGUUUUCUCGUCUCAGUACGAAACAAAGAUAUUAAUUGUCUAGCAGUUUCAAUCGUUGGUCGCAUUGCAGUUUCAAACGAGGAUUGACGAAAGAAACAUUUGCUCAUCUCACUCUCCUCCGGGAGCUUCCAUUGAAUCGACAACCAUCAAACCGAAAGUAAAUCGUCCAACUGAAUGUUCACUAAGUCAGCUGUACGGCCACAGGAAGAAAAGACUAUUUCGAGCAUCGAGAACAACUCGUCGCGCGAUCGUAGAACAUAAUUUUACUACCGUCACAGUCAUGUCAAGAUGCGUACACACCAGGUGCACCCGUUUCAUUUACGAUUAACGAAGUCCUUGGAAGCUUGCGUAUGUGUGUGCGUGGGACGAGAUGCUUUAGAAACUUAGAAGAUGUAUAGCGAGAAAGAGAGAGAGAGAGAGAGAGAGAGAGAGAGAGAGAGAGAGAGAGAGAGAGAGAGAGAGAGAGAAUUCGCGUGUAGUUAGAGAAAGAGAGAGAAACAGAUAAGAAGUGUGUAUAGUAUUUUUUUGGGCCACGGAUUUUUCAUUAACGUCGCCGUCGGACUUGUUAAACGAGCAAGAUUCUAAUUACGAUCAUUACCGUCGUACAACGCACGCACCGCGCCUAAUGCAACGUUAAUCGCAACAAUUACCAUUCGGGAGACUAAUAAUCUCGACUAAUUAUACACGACUUUAUAAAUUACAUUUGUGAAACGAGAACGUUGAACGAUAAUUAUCGUCGGGAGAUAAUUAACCGCCCGCCACGACUGUAAUUUCGCAACGGAACGAGCUUCGGAAUUUUCAGUGCGUUGCACGUCUAUUCGUUUCUCGAGCAACGCGAUUUUAUGCGAGAUAUUACGGUACCUCGAGGAAAAUGGGUGAAAUCGGAAUACGAGGAUAUCACGAGAACGAAGGAGAGAUUACGUAGGAUUGCCGUUACGAUCGCGUUCAAUCUGACGGCGGAAUUAAUCAAGGAUCCGGCUGUAUUUUAAAGAAACUUCUCGAGCGACCAUAGACUUUAACGAAUUAAGAUUAAUGAGCCGAGGUAGAGAUCAACGGUAGAAGAGUCUCCUGAGGAUGGCAUGAUUCGAGGGAAUAUUGAGAAACGUAUUGUCUUUCGCUGUUGUAAAAUGUCAAUUCCUUCGCGAGAAGACACGAUCAUGUGAGCGGAGAACUUAAUAAAAAAUCUAUAAAUAUUAUAUUAUAUUAUAUUAUAUAUAUAUAUAUAUAUGAAUAUAUAUAUAUACAUGAAAAUAUACAAUUAGCGCGUAAGCUGCAACCUCAGAGCCUAGACGUACACUGUCUAGAUAAUUUAUUAAGAUUUUUCUAUUCCGGUGAUGUUCGAUCGUCGCGUUCGGUUUUCUUUCGGGAAAUGAAGAGGGAAAGGAGACCAGAAAAUGGCAGACAGGUGACGUUUUUCGGCUUUCUCUGUUAAUCGAUGGACGGCGACGUGUACGGUCUUAUUAUUCGGCGAGCACGUUCGCUAAAAAUUGUACGCGUGUGUCAAUACAUUUAUUCUGCGUGUGUAACGCUCGUAUAGAGAUCGGACGGCCGUUCGGCGAACGGCCGUCCCAUAGAAAAUGUUGACUGUAAAACUCGAUGUAUUCUGGUAAGUCCGCACCAAUAA